GAUACAGUUCGCAUUAUGAACGAUGCAGUGUUUGUAACGAUAAUAUUUCGCCAUAAAUUGCGAAUAAUUUUUUUUCUCGCGAAAAACUAUCCGUUCAACGCAAAUGCAAAUAGUACAAAACAAGUUUUAGUGUUUUCAAUCGUUCCGCAACCCAAUAUUUAUUUAAUUUUCAAAACACACUCACAAUCCAAAAUCCACUUCAGUUAGUUUCAUGCGAUACCCGAAGAGAAUUCCGAGGGAAAAAAAUCGAAAAUUUCAGCCAUCAUGCAAUGUAAACAAAAUCAAUGGAAAAAUAGUGAUUGUUGUUUGAUGUUCAAUAUUCGGUGCUCUAGUUCAUCAAUUAACAUCUUAUUGAUUACUGUUUUGAUUGUGUUAGCUUUCAUUACAUGGGAGGAAAAUUUGUCGAAUAUUGACGAUUUUUUUUGUUGUUAGUUGUUGUUAUUUCGUUCCUCUGCUUGCACAGCUUAUUUGGUCUAGGCUGUAAUUAUUUAUUUUUUUUGUAUGUUUACGCUCUCGGUUUCGUGAAAUUAACUUCAGUGGAAGUGGAUGGAUGGAUAAUCUCCUCACCUGGAUGCCGUGUGCCAUUUAGUUAUGUGUGGAGCGCAACUCAAAUUUCCGCAUACAAAAUCACUGAAGAGAUUAUGUCAAUUGCUUAGUGAAAAUAACAGUGACGCUGGCUGGCUCAUCAUUUUCCUUCCUUCUUUUCUUCUGCAAUUGACGAAAUUUUAAUCGCACCAGACAUUUGUUGUUUCGCAUGACAAGCCAGAGCGAAAAGAUAAACAAUCUUAAUUUCAUCAUGAUAUUUUCAUAACAACAAUGGCAACGAUAGUAAACAAAAAAACAGUUGAAAGUGAAAACGGUUAGUUGCGCCAAUCCCUUGUAAUCAAUAUUCUAAACAGCACCUGAUUCAUUAAUGGAUCAAUCAACAGUUAAUGUGACGUGUAGCGCAGAAAAAAAAAAGACCAAAAUCAUUCUUACCGUGAUUUUUGUUGCUCACACUUAUUUGUGUGGUUCAAUCGAAAACCCAAACCCAAACACUAAACUCGACCGUCAUCGAGACACUCAACAAAAUGUGGUGAUGAAACUGACGUGGUGAUUGUGCAUUAAAUUGUCAAGAGUUGCGAUCAAAACAUGAAGCGACAUGAAUAAAUUGAGAUGUUGACGUGCAGCAUUGUAUGUGUGUGCUUUUCUGACAUUGUUUUAAAGGAAAAGCGGAACGGGAAAAAUGCACACAAAAUUCGUACGGGUUUUUAUUUGUUGAUUUGUAUAUUUCGGCCAGAAUGACGACAAUAAGAAACUUAUGUUGCUUGAUUUUUUUUUUCUCGUCCGUCUUCUACUUUUCUGCUCUUCGCCCGUCACGUCUUCGUCACACACAAGCACACACAUAUCAAGCAAUGUCCAUCCAUAAUGGAAGGGGUCACACCAUUUACGGUGUCACAUUGCUUACCAAGUCACACACAACGGCACGUCUAAAAUUACACCAGCUCAUAUUAAUUUCAGUGGCUUAUCAGUUGGGAAAUAUCGUUUUUGAUAUUAAUUACAGCAUAAAUUCCGAAUUUAACAUUUGUGACCGAGCAAAAGAACCACGAUGUUUGAACGACGAAAUUUUCAUAAUUCGUUUUUCCAAAUUGUUUUCUUGUUUUCUAUUUCAUUCGCUCUUUAUUUUUGACUCUCGAUUCGUUCUAAAUUCGAGAAAGACGUAAAAAAUAAACGGUGUUGAAAAGUCAACUUUGCAUAUCCAACAACGGUAUACAUGCACACACGCAAGCAAGCAUUCCACGCGAGUUAACAGUUCUUGAUGGUGAUUGUUAGUGAAAAAUUGAAAAGCAAAAACAAAUGAAGAAACGAAAAAAAAUAACAUGAAGUGAAGCAGUAAUUCAAGCACAAUUCAUAAAUGAUUAUACAUUUUUUUUUUUUUUAAUUUCGUUGAUAAUUCAAAGUCAAUUAAUCAACCCAAUAAGUGACAAGAAAAAAGAAAAAGAAGAAAUUUGCAACAAUUUGUAGUAGCAAAUUUAAAACAUAGAUGCGCUCUCGAAAUUGUGUAUGUGUGUGAAUGAACAAUAUAUGUAGAAAGGGAGCUAGAUAGGUUGAACAAAUAUAGUUUCGAGAAAGUGUUGUGAAAAGUUGUGAAAACAAUUGUUGAAGAAAACAAAGUUCCAAAAAUUGAAUGUACAUACAUAUCCCCCAAAAUUGUAUGCCAAAGUACCGAGGGAAGCAUAUAGAUCUAUAUAUUAUAUACAUGAAACGGAUGACUAAUACUCCAUCAGUUCUAAACUAAUUCCAACAAACGGAUAAUUCAUUACGAAAACCUCAGACUGGCAGAUCAGUUUCUGAAACACAGCACACACAAAACAUAUACUCACACACACGGAGAAAUAAUUAAAAGAGAUAGGGAAGGAACCAGCUACGAAUAAUAAAAAAAUACGAGAGAGGAAAACAAAAAUCGUAACAAUACAAUAUACAAACUUGGAUUAAUUUGUUGUUGACGACGACUGGCAGCCUGCCAUUUUCUUCUAUCUUCCAGUUUGCAACCCCACAAAUUUGAUUCUCCAUUCGAAUGAUAAUUGUGAGGAAUAAAUAGAGGAGUAAGUGUGCGCAUAAUUUAAAAUGUGAAGCAAUGCAAACACGCGCCAAAAAAUGCUUGUCUUUCGAUAGACAAAACGCGCGAUCGACAACAACAACAACGACGACGACAACGACAACAACGUCAAAAUUAACAAAAUAAGUGACACACAACGAAGCCAUCCAGCAAAAUUUCGGUAUACAAUGUGCUGAUUCAAGACUUGAACGUUGAAAAACUGUAUGCAAUUUGGCAAGAUGAAUUUUUCGCUUAAAGUUAUGAAAAAUCGAAAAUAGUCCGCUUUUUCCAUAGAUUAUGAUGAACUUUAGUUUUCUCGGUUAAAGCGCAUUUUGUUCGGUUUUUGUCGUUUUUCUUUGUUGUUCAUUUUGAGUUUUUAGAUACAUUAAAAGUGAAAAUGACAAACAAAAGUUUCGUUGUGUGAAAGGUGAAUCAUUUUUUUUGUAAAUGACGGGAAAUGAUAAUACAUUUCAAUCAAAUGACAAAAGUAAUCACUGAAAAAUACCCGCAAUUAAAUACAUUGAACGUGUAAUCAAAUAAGCAACGAGCAAAACAUCGAAUCGAACGAAUCAAAAACAAAACAGAAAGAAAUUUUUUUUUUUUCAACCUGUGCGAAAGCGACGACGGAGAAGAAGACGAAUUUCUGUUCGACGAAAUCGAAACUGCCCGUUGUUUUGUUUUAUUUCCUUUUUUUUUUCUCUACGAUUAUAAUAGUAAAAUCGCGUGUGUGUGUACAAUAUGAAUUCCUAUGAAUAUGAUACAACAAUGGAGUGUCGUGACAAUGGAGUGCUAUGCGGUGUGGUUCGCAGCGGAGGCAUCGGACGAGGCUGUCUCCUUGACGGAGUUGCAGCAUCAGCACCACCAGAUGUACCACCACGAAAUCCAACAAUGAAUCGAAUGAAUGGUCGUGUUACCGGCAACCCAUCUGAUUUGGGCGUAGAUUUUGAACCAUCGUGUUUAGUUCGUACACCGUCUGGAUCCGUGUACAUUCCAAAUUUAAAUAUUAAUAAAGGAUCACCCAUAGAUUAUAAAAGUGGUUCAGCGUGUUCAACGCCCACAAAAGACACAUUAAAAAGUUACGAUAGAAAUUAUUCGGGGCCCGUAUUGCCGCCACGUAGCGCAAUGUGUGGCGCACCGUCACAUCAUUAUUCAGCACCUUUGAACUUCCGAAAAGGAAUAGCCGCUAAAUGUUCGUGGAAAUGCACAGCUAUCGCUGUCAUUCUGCUCAGCGCUGUUUUGUUAUUAUUAUUGAUUUUAAUCACAGGAUCAAAUGUUUUGACAUGGUCGAACCCAGCGUGUAGUGUUCUAGUCGGUGAAAAUUCGGAAAUAACUGCCGCAAAAAGUACUGUACCCGAAACCAAUGAUAAAUCAACAGCGAACCGAGCAAAGCCAUCAAUCUCAUCGACGUCAUCGCCAUCAUCGUCGGCGGCAGCAGCAGCGGCCGGAAAUCCAGCUGCAAAUGGGAAUAAUGGCGCGACAGACAUUAGCAGUCAGGCAACCGGAUCAACUAGUUCAAUUGGAGGUAAUCUAAAUAAAGUUUCAGAUCAAAUUUUACAUCCACAGCAACGGCAAUGGCGUAAAACUGUUGUUGUUGUAGCAAAUGGCCGUAAUAUGCACGAGACACGAAGACGCAAUCAAAUGCUGAUGAUGAUGAUGAUGAUGCGUAUCAAUGGGCAAAAUCAAGAAAACAAUGUCAAAGAUUCGACAAAAAAGAAACUGAUGACAAAGUUAAAUGAACAAAGUGUGCACGAAAUUAGCGCAAAUGGAGAGCAACAUUUCAAUUUGGAAACGGCACAAUACACAUUUCCACUAAGUGGUAAAGAUGCGGAAAUGCGUAUUUUUACGCCCAAUCACCGAAAUUCGGUCAAUGGACAAUCGGAGCGGCCAGAAAUUGUUGCACAAUAUGCAAGCCGACAGCGACGAAGUGCUGCCACUGUUGCUUUUGAAACGCCCGAAAUGGAAGGUAGUGGAUUUGAUAAUGUCAAUGUUCCAUUUGAUGGUUAUACUGUGAACGAUGGAAAGGAGGAAGACAUCGAAAAUGACGGAAAUAGUUGGGACAGUCCCAUUCCAUUAAGGGUAAACAAUGCACGCUAUCAAUUUGAUGAUAGCGAUACGGAUGAUGAGACUACUGACGUCAAAAACCAACGCCGGAAGUUCGAUUUAAGUAAUUUGAUGCUUGAUGAAAAUGAACCACCACCGUUGAAGACGACAACGAUUGUGAAAAUGGUGGCAGCUCCGGCUCAAGUCAAAGCCAUCACAACGAAAUCGGAAGAUGAUCUAUUUGCAAGCGAUUUACAUGUAACAAAUGUUGAUGGUAAUGAGAAUGGUAACAGUCCUUCGCAUUCACCUGCACCAAAUGAUUUUAAUGAGAGUUUUGAAUUAAUAACCGAUUCCAUUCACGAAACUUUGGUUUCCGAAAAUGUGGUAAAUGACAGUCAUCAUAAGGCAACGGCAACGGAGACGACGAAUGACAUAAUCCAAACAUCAAGUCAAAUGCCAUCCGUCUUAAAUUGGACAAGUUCGGAUAAUAAUCUGACGCCACAACCAUUAAUUAUGGAUGCUGAAGGUGAGCAUCGGAGGAGAGGCUCGAAAAAUGUCAGUGCAAAUGGUAUGAAAUUCGAUGAUGACACAUUCGUUGAUAAAAUCGACCACAAACCGGAAGUCAAUGAUGCUACUUUACAAAAUGAUUCACCAGCAAUAAUUGUUCAAUACGAUAAGCAACCGAUUUUGGAAGUUAACAAUCUUGACACGACUACCGAUUCAAUCGGGGUCGAUGAACACGUUGCUGUCAAGAAACAACGGCACAACGACGACAAUGCUGUCAUAAAUCCAAGUAUGAAUGUGGACAUGAAUGCGAAUGACGACUCAAAUGCAAAGCAUGCAAUAAACAAAACCGAUAAACCGCCGCAUUCAAUUGAAGAGAACAGUAUCGAUAGAAACGCAGCUUAUGUUGAAACGAUGUCUGGAACUAAAUAUCAAGAGCCACGUUAUGGAAUGCUCGACAGCAACGUGGCGCACCACGAUUUAAUUAGGGCCAAAGAUGUGGCAGCACAAAAUAUGCAACGGAUUUUAGUGAAUGUGUCAAUUGGCACCGAUUCAGGUGACGGUACACAAAAUCAUGGUAUUUACAUGCUACACGUUUCCGUUCCGGCCGGUCCCAAUCUGAAGCCGGCAUAUUUUGAUGGUGAUCCACCACCGCAAACCGCUGUUCAUGAGCCGCCGAUAUUCAUCAAACCCACGCCACAUCGAAUAUCAAACGAUGAAAAUGAUGACAAUGACAAAGUCGCGUCAGCACCAUCACAACCAAUAGAGCAGUCCGCCACACGAGCAGAUCCAGCUGAAUGCAGUAGUCUCACUCGAAAAUCAGCCGAACUGGUGCUCGAAUGCAGUAACGAAAUAUCUCGCCUGAAUUCAAUUAUUGCAAAUUUGAAUAAAACAAUGGAACGUACAAAUUCAUUCGAACCUUCGUCGUUAUUUUCAUCGCCGUCACCACUGCCAUCGCCUUCGGCAUUGCCAGGCUCAUCUUCACGAACCAAUGAUAGUUUAAUUGCCACCAAAACAGAAGGCAAUGCUGCAAAUGAACCCGAAAUGUUGACGACGACAGCAAAUACGAUAGAAACUGUGUCUGAUUACAAAGGCAAUGACAAUCACAUUAACAACAAUAAUUUUGGUUUGUGCAAUCAAGAUAUUCCGUCGAUUUUAAUUUUGGAAGGUGCAAGGACAUUUCCAGCUCGUAGUUUUCCACCAGACGGCACAACGUUCUCACAAAUUACACUUGGACAAAAGUUAUCGAAGCAAAUACAGCCGUACAGCUACUGGAACAUGCAAUUUUAUCAAUCCGAACCGGCCUACGUUAAAUUUGAUUAUAACAUACCGCGCGGUGCAUCGAUCGGUGUCUAUGCUCGACGUAAUGCACUACCAACGCACACUCAAUAUCACUUCAAAGAAGUUUUGAGCGGAAUCAAUGCUCGCACAACACGUUCAACUCACCAACCGUCGGUGAGCCGAGAAGUGACACGGUAUAUGGAAAAUGGCCAUUGGUUUAUUUCGCUGUACAAUGAUGAUGGUGAUGAACAGGAGAUUACAUUUUAUGCAGCUGUUGCCGAUGACAUGACACAAAAUUGUCCGAAUGGAUGCUCCGGUAAUGGGCAAUGCUUGUUGGGUCAUUGCCAAUGCAAUCCCGGCUUUGGCGGCGAUGAUUGUAGUGAAAGCGUGUGCCCAGUAUUAUGUUCGCAAAGGGGUGAAUACAUCAACGGUGAAUGCCAAUGUAAUCCAGGUUGGAAGGGUAAAGAAUGCUCGCUGCGGCAUGAUGAAUGUGAAAUCGCCGAUUGCAAUGGUCAUGGGCACUGCCUCAGUGGCAAAUGUCAAUGUAUCCGUGGAUAUAAAGGUGCCUCGUGCGAAGAAGUCGAUUGCCCUCAUCCAACUUGUUCUGGGCAUGGUUACUGCGCGGCCGGCACAUGCAUCUGCAAAAAGGGAUGGAAAGGACCUGACUGCGGAACCAUGGAUCAAGAUGCAUUGCAGUGUUUGCCCGACUGUUCCGGUCACGGUACAUUCGAUUUGGACACUCAAACUUGUAACUGUGAGCCGAAAUGGAGCGGUGAUGACUGUUCCAAAGAAUUAUGCGAUCUGAACUGUGGCUCACAUGGAAAAUGUGUUGGAGAGACGUGCACAUGUGACAGUGACUGGAGCGGGGAGUACUGCACUGAAAAGCGAUGCGAUGCCCGAUGUAAUGAGCAUGGUCAAUGCAAAAAUGGCACCUGUCUGUGUGUGACUGGAUGGAACGGAAAACAUUGCGGCAUUGAAGGGUGUCCAGCAAGUUGUUCAAAUCAUGGACAGUGUCGUGUUAGCGUCGAAGGUUUAUGGGAAUGUCGAUGCUACGAUGGAUGGGAUGGUGCUGAUUGUUCCGUUGCAUUGGAACAAAACUGUGCCGAUAACAAAGACAAUGAUAAAGAUGGUUUGGUCGACUGCGAGGAUCCGGAAUGCUGUUUGAGCAGUGCAUGUCGGUCGAGUCAAUUGUGUGUCUCUGCUCCGAAACCCAUCGAUGUGUUGCUAAGAAAACAACCACCAGCCAUCACCGCUUCAUUCUUCGAACGCAUGAAGUUCCUCAUCGACGAGGGUAGCUUACAAAAUUAUGCCAAACUCGAAACAUUUAACGAAAGUCGUUCGGCUGUAAUCCGUGGACGUGUGGUGACAUCGAUGAACAUGGGCCUGGUUGGCGUUCGUGUGAGUACAUCGACACCGUUAGAAGGAUUCACAUUAACACGCGAUGAUGGAUGGUUUGAUUUGAUGGUGAAUGGUGGCGGUGCAAUAACCUUACAAUUCGGACGUUCACCAUUCCGGCCGCAAAGCGUAAUUGUUCAGGUGCCAUGGAAUGAAGUUAUCAUUAUCGACACGGUUGUGAUGUCGACAUCCGAAGAUAAAUCACUUGCGACGGCGACGCAUACGUGUGUUUCACAUGAUUAUGAUACAAUGAAACCGGUGGUGUUGGCAUCAUGGAAACAUGGUUUUCAAGGUGCGUGCCCAGAUCGCAGCGCCAUUUUAGCCGAAUCUCAAGUCGUACAAGAAUCGCUGCAAAUACCAGGAACGGGCCUGAAUUUGGUAUACCAUAGCUCAAGAGCGGCUGGUUAUUUGUCAACAAUCAAAUUGCAAUUGACACCGGAGGUGGUUCCGUCGACACUUUCACUAAUUCAUUUGCGUAUUACAAUCGAAGGAAUUCUGUUCGAACGUGUGUUUGAAGCUGAUCCAGGUAUUAAAUUCACUUAUGCUUGGAAUCGAUUGAAUAUCUACCGUCAACGAGUUUAUGGUGUAACCACGGCCAUUGUCAAAGUUGGCUAUCAAUAUGCCGAUUGCAAGGACAUUAUUUGGGAUGUUCAAACGACAAAACUAAAUGGACACGAUAUGACAAUUUCGGAAGUGGGUGGCUGGAACAUCGAUGUGCAUCAUCGUUACAACUUCCACGAAGGCAUUCUACAAAAAGGAGACGGUUCGAAUAUUUACCUGAAGAAUAAGCCACGUGUCAUUCUGACCGCAAUGGGAGACGGACACCAACGACCACUCGAAUGCGUCGAUUGCAAUGGAAUUUCUACCGAACAACGUCUUUUGGCACCAGUAGCACUCGCUGCUGGCUCUGAUGGCAGCCUGUAUGUCGGUGAUUUCAAUUAUAUUCGCCGCAUUAUGACCGAUGGCAUCGUUAAGACAGUUGUCAUUUUGAAUGCAACACGCGUUUCAUAUCGUUAUCACAUGGCAAUUAGCCCAUUGGAUGGAUCGCUGUAUAUUUCGGAUCCAGAAUCGCAUCAAAUCAUCAAAGUUCGUAAUGUGGACGAUUUCGGUGAUCCAGAGCAUAACUGGGAACCGGUUGUUGGUUCAGGCGAACGAUGUUUGCCAGCCGAUGAGGCACAUUGUGGUGACGGUCGUUUGGCCAGCGAAGCUAAACUCGCCUAUCCAAAAGGCAUCGCCAUUGCAUCCGAUAAUACCUUGUACUUUGCCGACGGAACUAAUAUUCGUAUGGUCGAUAAAGACGGAAUCGUUUCGACAAUCAUUGGAAAUCAUAUGCACAAAUCACACUGGAAGCCGAUGCCAUGCGAAGGAACACUCAAAGUUGAUGAGAUGCAUCUGAGAUGGCCAACCGAAUUGGCAGUCAAUCCACUCGACAACACAUUGCACAUUAUCGACGAUCACAUGAUUCUGCGAAUCGCACCAGAUGGCCGCAUCCGAGUGGUAGCCGGACGUCCACUUCACUGCACAUCGACUAGCACACAGCUCGACUCUGAAUUGGCCGUGCAUGCAACACUCGUUCGACCACAGAGCAUCGCUUUUGGACCACUGGGCGAUUUGUUUGUCGCCGAAAGUGAUUCGCAACGCAUCAACCGCAUUCGCGUCAUUGGAACCGAUGGAAAGAUUACAUUGUUUGCCGGAGCCGAAUCGAAAUGCAAUUGCCUGGAACGUGGUUGUGACUGUUUCGAAGCCGACCACUUUUUGGCAACCAGUGCCAAAUUCAACACCAUCGCUGCCCUGGCCAUCACUCCAGACAAUCACGUGCACAUUGCCGAUCAGGCAAAUUAUCGCAUUCGCAGCGUUAUGUCGAGCAUUCCAGAGGCAUCCGUUCAACGUGAAUAUGAAAUAUUUGCACCAGACACACAAGAGAUUUACAUUUUCAACCGUUUCGGACAACAUAUUGCCACAAAGAAUAUCAUGACCGGUGAAACUAGCUACACAUUUACGUACAAUGUGAACACAUCGAAUGGUAAGCUGAGCACAGUCACUGAUGCGGCUGGAAAUAAAGUAUUUUUGCUGCGCGAUUACACAACACAAGUGAAUUCCAUUGAGAAUACGAAGGGUCAAAAGUGUAAGAUACGAAUGACUCGAAUGAAAAUGUUACAUGAACUCAGCACUCCCGACAACUAUAACGUCACAUUCGAAUAUCACGGACCAACUGGUUUGCUGAAAACGAAAUUGGAUUCAACUGGCCGAUCAUAUGUUUAUAACUACGAUGAAUUUGGUCGUCUCACAUCGGCCGUUACACCAACCGGUCGUGUGAUUGAUUUGACGUUCGAUUUGAGCGUACGCGGUGCCACCAUCAAAGUAUCGGAAAAUUCACAGAAGGAAGUCUCAAUGCUCAUUCAAGGUUCAAGUGUUGUUGUGCGAAAUGGCAAAGCCGAAACGAAAACUACCGUACAAGCCGAUGGCAGUACGUUGAGUGUAACACCAUGGAAUCAUGUGGUUAGCAUGGAAGCAGUUCCAUAUGUGCUGUUGGCUGAAAUUAAUAAACUACUGGGCGAAAGUUAUCCGGUGCCAUCGAAGCAGAGAGUCGAAGUUGGUGGUGAGCUGGCCAAUCGAUUUGAAUGGCGUUUCUUCAUGAAACGUAUACAAGCCAAAGGAAAGAUACCGAAGGGACAACCAGUGCCAAGCUCAACAACUAUUGGCCGCAAGCUACGCAUUAACGGCGAAAAUAUUCUGACUCUGGAAUACGAACAGGAAACGAAAUCGGUACUUGUGCUUGUCGACGACAAGAUUGAAUUGCUGAAUGUUACAUAUGAUCGUCAUGCGCGACCCACAUCAUUCCAGCCACAGUCGGGCGAAUAUGCUGAAGUUGACUUGGAAUAUGAUCGCAACGGCCGCUUGACACUAUGGAAAUGGGGAGAAUUGAAAGAAGAGUACAGUUUCGAUCGGGGUGGCCGUUUGAAUGAGAUCAAGUAUGGUGACGGCAGUUCAAUUAUGUACUCAUUUAAAGAUAUGAUGACAACGCUGCCGCUUAAAGUGACAACGCCCAGACGCAGUGACUAUUUGUUGCAGUACGAUAAUGCUGGCGCUUUGCAAUCGUUGACAACACCACGUGGCCAUAUCCAUUCAUUCUCAUUGCAAACAUCGUUAGGAUUCUUUAAAUAUCAAUACUUCUCGCCGAUUAAUCGUCAUCCAUUUGAGAUUUUGUAUAAUGAUGACGGUCAAAUCCUUGCCAAAAUCCAUCCACAUCAAUCGGGCAAGGUGGCUUAUGUAUAUGAUGUUGCUGGACGCCUUGAAACGAUUCUUGCCGGUUUAUCGUCAACCCAUUACACCUAUCAAGAUUCAUCGAGCCUCAUCAAAUCCGUGCAAGUGUUGGAGCCUGGUUUCGAACUGCGUCGUGAGUUCAAGUAUCAUGCUGGCAUUUUGCGUGACGAAAAAUUGGAAUUCGUUUCGAAGAGUUCGUUGGCUGCAGCUCAUUUCAAGUAUCAGUAUGAUGGAAACACACGUUUGACGGCCAUUGAAAUGGACAUUGGUGGCAAAGAAUUGCCGGUGAUGAAGUACAAAUACGGCCAAAGUCUUGGCACCUUGGAAACGGUGAGCGAUUUGAAGGUAACGCGCAACACUGCCAAUCGAACCGUGGUUCAAGAUGCCACCAAACAAUUCUUGAAAAUUUCCGAUUUUGAUGAGCACGGCCGUGUCAAGAGCGUUCUAAUCAAUAUCAAAUCGGCGGAUGUGUUCCGUUUGGAAUUGGACUAUGAUUUGCGCAACCGUAUCAAAACGUACAAAACGACAAUCGGCCGAUCGACAUCGGUGGACAAGGUGAACUACAAUGCUGACGGUCAUGUUAUGGAAGUGGUCGGCACAAACAACUGGAAGUAUGUGCCCGAUGAGAAUGGAAAUAUCAUCAGCAUUUUGGAACAAGGUGAUAAAAUGAAUUUGGGCUAUGAUACCGGCGAUCGUGUCACACAUUUGGGUGAUGUUGAAUUCAAUUCGUACGAUUCGCGUGGCUAUGUGGUGCGACGCGGCGAACAGAAAUACCGUUACAACAACCGUGGCCAAAUGAUUCAUGCUUUCGAACGUGACAAGUUCCAAUCAUGGUAUUUCUACGAUGAAAUGACUCGUUUGGUUGCGAUCUACGAUGAUAAGGGCAAUGUCACCCAAUUCUACUAUGCCAACACAAUGACACCGAACUUAGUGACGCACGUUCAUUUCCCGAAGGCUGCGAAAACAUUGCAACUCUUGUACGAUGAUCGAAACAUGUUGGUUGCCGUCGAAACUGGUGAACAGCGAUACUAUGUGGCCACCGAUCAAAAUGGUUCACCGCUGGCCUUUGUCGAUAGCAAUGGUAAUGUGGUGAAGGAAGUGCGUCGCACACCAUUCGGUCGAACCAUCAAGAACACCAACGUCAAUUUGCACAUUCCAAUCGAUUUCCACGGUGGUAUUCUGGAUCCAAACACCAAAUUAAUCUAUACCGAGAAUCGUUUGUACGAUCCAACUGUUGGACAAUGGAUGACACCGCUGUGGGAACCACUGGCAACAUCAAUGAACUUCCCCACCGAUGUGUUCAUCUAUCGAUUCCAUAACAACGACCCGAUCAACAGCAAGGAAGGAAUGCGCUACAUGACCGAUUUAGAUUCGUGGCUUGCGUUGUUCGGUUACGAUUUGCAUCGCAUGCAAGGAUCCAAAUAUACAAAAGAUCGUGUGUAUCAACCACAAGAGACGAUUAAAUCAUCGUUGCUGGCACCUGAUUUCGGUGUAAUGUCCGGUUUGCAGUGUAUUGUUGAAAAAAUUGAUGAGAAAUUCUCCGACUUUGGUUUUGUGCCGAAGCCAUUAUUGAAAAUGGAGCCAAAAACACGCAAUCUAUUGCCUCGUAUUGCAUAUCGUCGAGGCGUCUUCGGUGAAGGCGUACUCAUUUCUCGCAUCGAUGGCCGUGCCAUGGUCAGCGUUGUCGAUGGAUCAAAUAGUGUUGUACAAGAUGUUGUAUCGUCGGUGUUCAACAAUUCGUUCUUCCUCGAUUUGCAUUUUAGCAUCCAUGAUCAGGAUGUAUUCUACUUUGUUAAAGAUAAUGUGCUAAAAUUGCGCGAUGAUACCGAAGAGUUGCGUCGGCUUGGCGGUAUGUUCAAUACGACCACGCAUGAAAUUGCCGAUCAUGGCGGUGCCGGUGGCAAAGAGCUACGGCUACAUGGUCAUGAUGCGGUUGUGAUUAUCAAGUAUGGCGUUGAUCCAGAACAAGAACGCCAUCGUAUACUGAAACAUGCGCACAAACGGGCCGUUGAACGAGCGUGGGAGCUGGAGAAGCAAUUGGUUGCAGCCGGUUUUCAAGGCCGAGGUGAUUGGACGGAAGAGGAAAAAGAGGAGCUCAUUUCACAUGGCGACGUUGAUGGUUUUAUCGGCGUUGACAUUCACAGCAUUCACAAGUAUCCCGAGCUAGCGGAUGAUCCGGGCAAUGUGGCAUUUCAACGGGAUUCAAAGCGAAAACGACGAAAAAGCGGCUUUCACAAAACCACACAAAGACAACAUCGACAUGAAACGUGAAAUUUCACCAACACUAUCAUAACACCAGCAUCAGCGGCAACAGCAACUGUAACAACAAUAAAGUAAAUAAUACCAUAAAACGCAUAUUUGAACAAAGGUUGACUUUGAAACGAAAAGCAAACGCAUACAGUUUUUUUUAAGUAAACACAUGACAAAAACAUACACACAAACAAAACACUCACAAGGAAAAUGGUGAAUCUAGUUUCAAAACAAUGUAAAUUAUACUUAAGAAUUACAGAUAAUAUGCAUAUAAAUCUAUAUUAUUAUUAUACUAUUAAAUGAGUAAAAAAAAAAAUGGAAUUGUGAUAAUACUAAUCGGACUAUUUAAAAAAAUGGAAAUAAAUUAAUUAAAAAAAAAAAAAUAUGUAGCGUCAAUUGAGUCGAGCAAUCGAUUGAUGCACGCAUUAAAAGACAUAGGCACACACAAAACAAGUGAAAAAGAUAAAAAAAAAAGAAUAUGAAUACAUACACUGACACGUAAAAGUAUAAAAAAAUGCUAAUGAAUAAGAAUUGAUUGAAAAUUAGAGGAGAAGCUAUCCGUACAAAAAGCCCACAACUAAACCUAAACUAUUAAAACAAAAAACAACCAACAAAACAACUAGAAUGAAAAAAAAAUAUAUUUGUACUGCAUGAUUAUGAACAAAUGAUUUGAACAACCACAACAACAAAAUUAUAGUAAAAUAAAUAUUGAGUGAAAAUAAACAACAAGUUUAAAUCAAUACAGAAAUGUUUGUCAAUGGAAUGAAUAGAGGAACAAAACAACAAAACAACAAAUGAACUCACUCUACAACAUACACAUAUUCAACUGCUUUAUAUUUAAGUCUACAUACAAUUUAAUGGAUAGUUAGUGUAAGUUGAACACACAACAAAUAAGGAGAACAAAAAAAAAAAGAAGUGAAAAUUAAUGGAGGUAUGGUAUUCGUUGUUGAUAUUAAUUCAAUGAAAAAAAUGCACUCCCAAAGAGAAAAACACUCACAUAAAUAAAACUAAAUACUCGCAUACGAGUUGAGAGUGUUUCUCAAUCAAUCGAAAUCAAAAAAAAAAAAAAAUUGUUAAAUUAAACAAUCGACUAACAAAUCUAUUGUUAUGUCAUACUCACAUCACAAAUACGUCGAACUGUCCUGAUUUAUGAUGAGUAAAUCUGCAUCAUUGACGAGAUAACAAAAUCGAACGUAAAAGUACAAACAAAAUCAUCUGAUAAGCGGAAAAUGAGUCUGAAUCAUUCGCCAAAUUGAUUACUUCAUCACCGGUUCCCUUGAUCUGACUGAAAUCUCCCAGUAGGUGAACAGAAUUUUUGUGUAAAUAUUUAUAAUGGAAAAAAAAAGAGACGAUACGAUUUCAACUACCAUCAUUUGGGCAUUCAAUUGUUUUCUUUUUUCACUUAUUUCUGUCAUUUAAUCGUGAUUCAUUUUGAAUGUACUUGAAUUUGCCUGAGUCAUUUUAACACUCAAAAAUUGGACAACAUUCAAUGACUUGUCGCGGUUGAGUUAAUUGCCUAGUAUAUUUCCAUUGUAACUAGGCGUUCCAAAGUAAAAAUGAUGAGCAUAUAGAAGGCAAAAUGAUUAUUUUAGUAUAAAGUCAGUCAAUCAAUUGUGGCGAAUGAGAUUUUCCUAUGCAGAUCAAUGAACCGACAAAGACGAGCUGAGAACUAAGUAUGAAAUUGUGUAUAUGUGAAUAAAGUAAAUAAAAAGCGACACACACAAUUACAAAAAAAAAUAGAGGAUGCAAGAAAUGAACAAAAAAAAAUGGAAAAAACGGUUUUCUUUGAUUCCUGGUUUCGAAGCAUGGUGUUCAGCAAGAAAUAAAUGGUUCAUGGCACAAUAUUAGACUCAACUCAUCAAACAAAACACAAAUCACGUGCAUAUUUAGAGAUUCACAACAACUGGUUUCAAUUUGAUGCUCAAUUUCCACAAUCGAUCUAACUGGACUCCUGAACUGUCUGUCAGGAUAUUUGCAAUACUCGGUGAAUGUUUCUCUUCACUUCAGGCAAAUGGCAUCGAAUUUUGUGCGAACAAAAAAUGCAACCAAAUGCUGCUUAUACCAACCAAAACACACCAUGAAACCAAACUACACUCGAGCUUAGUGUAUUUUUUAACUCAGAUGGGAAGUGUAACGCAAAUCGUGCACACAUUUCUAAUGCAGAAACAAAACAAACAUACAUGAAGUAAAUAAUAAAUAAGAAUUGAAUUGGAGAUGCGAUCGUAUAUAAUUUUUUAUGUCAAUGAUAUUAGUUGUUUAAAAGGACGAAGAAUGAGCAGAAGAGAAAUACUAAAGCAAGAAUAGCAAUAAUAUGGUGCUAAUGUUCAGUGUGGAUCAAUUGAUGUCCUGCAAAAUACAUGUGGAGACUGAUUCGAUUGAUCCAUAGCGGGCAUCCAGCACAAUACCAUGAAAAUUUAUGAUUAAAAAGCCAAAAAAAAAAUACUAAUUGUAAUGAUUGCAUGAAACAAACAAAAUAAAAACCCUAGGCCAUACAAGUAAAGAGCGAGGAAAAAAAAGUAAAUAGGAAAAAAUAGAACAACACUUGCAUUUGUUAUAUAGGAGAGUGUCACAAAACAAAUGUUUCACAGCAAGAACAACAUCAACAACCGAACGUGAAAUACGCAAAUCAACUAAUUAUUUGACUUAAUUUAUAGCAAUCCAAUAUUUGUUAUUCGAUAAGGAGAAGAAAGAGGAAAAGUUAGGCUGAUUAUUAAUAUUAUUAUUAAAAAAAAGAAGAAACAACUGUAAACAUCAAAUAUUAUUAUGAGAUCAAGAAUAACGUGACAAUUUUUUAAGCAAUGCUAUUUAAGGACGGAGAUAGAAAGAUUGCAAGAAAGAAUCAACUUAAAGUAUGAGAUAUUACACAAAAUUGCACGCAAAGAAAAAGUCUAUUUAAUAAUCAUUACGCAGUAAAUAAAAAAAACAAUAAAACGAUUAAAAAAAAAACAACAACAUUCGAUUUUUUUGAUGUAAUUCAAUUUGAAUUUGUUAUGAUGACCAACUCAAUUUAGGUUCGCCUCGCAGAUCGAUUUUCUAUAUGAAAGACCAUAAUGUUGCCAAUAUGUUUUUUUUUUAACCAAAAUGAUUAUUGGGAACAUUACGUGAUUCUUGUAAUCAGCGUGUAAGUAUUGGUUUGAGCGACAAAUUCCGAAAAAAUAGAAAAUCAUUACGGAUUUAUUGAA